AUGGUGUGCACUGAUAAGGAGCGUCUGGCAUGCGUGACUUAUCAAUUGACUGGGCCUGCUGAUCAUUGGUGGGAAACUAGGCGAAGGACAAUGGACCCCGCCCACCGAGAGGCAUUGACAUGGGACGAGUUCAAGGAGGAGGUGUAUAAUAAGUACGUCCCCAUGAGCUACAGACGAGCUAAGACAGUAGAGUUCCAUACCUUGAAACAGGGAAACAUGACGGUGACAGAGUAUGACCGUGCACUUUGUAAGAUGACCCGCUAUGCACCCGAGUUUGUGGACACGGAUAAGAAGAUGGCCGCGAAGUUUUACUCUGGCCUUAGAACCAAGAUAAGAGUAGCCGUGGCUAACUGCCAAGGAAUUUCUUACUCCGAGAUUUUGAGGUGCGCCUUAGAUGAGGAAGAGGCACUGCCUAAGAACGAGAGGGUGGCAAAUCCUACACUACCCGCACCACAAUCGAACUAUAUAGACAAGAGGAAGUGGGAAGGCAACCGAGCCCCUUUUGACAACAAGCGACACCAUUCCACUCUCCGCCACCCACAGAACUAUGGCCGACAAGUCGUGCCACAACAGAGAGGAAAUCAACAGAGGGCACCUUACUGCAACCGGUGCUCCAAGUUUCAUGUUGGGGAGUACAGAGUCGGAGGAAUUUGA